AUGGCGACGAUGGCGUUGGUCUCAGCCAUCGGUCUGCUGCCGGUGCUGCUGCUGGUGAUGCUGCUGACAGUCGUGGCUGGCCAACAUUUGAAACCAUUGAAUGAGAAUCGACCGCAAUUGCAACCGACCAACCAGAAAUUAGCCGAUUUCGUCAAGGUCCCGCGACAAUUGCCACCGUCUCGUCUGUUACCGCACCGUGACUUCGGGAACACGCUCUCGAGCACCGAGAGACAUCUCCGGAAACGAGAAUUAGGUGACCUUGCAGCAAAUUUCCAACCGCUAACGCUGCCCCUGGUCGUUGGAGCACCCUUGCCGCUCCAUCGAACUGUUUUCGAGCCGAGCACCAAGACCAACCGCGGUGUCGGUGUCGGUCGCGUUAACGAACCGACGACGGGGACGGCGACGCCGAUAAAACACGCGAUCGAACCUCGCGUUACCUUUGUCGGGCCACAGAUCGUUCCCACGCAACGAAGAAUAUACGACAAUCACCGCGCGGCUUCGUUUUAUCAUAGCCACGGUCAUCGUCACGGGCAUCACGCCCAUCACGAUCAUCAUGCGAAACAUAAACACGAUCACGGUCACAAACACCAUCACGAUCACGAACACAAACACGGACACGAGCAUCACAGCGAGCACAAGCAUCACGAGGAGCACAAGCAGCAUCACGAUCACCAUCAUCAUCACGGGCACGAUCACCAUCACGGUCACAAGCAUCACGAGGAUCACAAACAUCAUCACGGUCACGAGCAUAAACACGAACACAAGCACGGCCACGAUCACAAGCAUCACGGACAACACCAUCAUCAUCAUGGUCAUCAACAUCACUCGAAACACGAGCAUCACGAAGAACACAAACAUCACGCCGAGCAUCAUCACCACCACAAGCACCAUCAUCACAACGAGCACCACCACCAUCACGAACAUCACCACGUUAACGAGCAUCAUCAUCAUCAUACGCACAAGGAAACCGAAAAUCACCACCACCAUCACGGUCACGAACACAAGGAGGAACACAAACACGGCCACAAGGAGGAGCACAAGCAUCACCAUGGACACGAGCACAAACACGGACAUCACGAGGAUCAUCACCACGGUCAUCACGAGGACCAUCAUCACAAACACGGCCAUGAACACAAGCACGGUCACCACGAGGAUCAUCAUCACAAGCACGGCCACGAGCACAAACACGAACAUCACGAGCAACACCAUCACGGCCAUCACGAGGAUCACAAGCACGACCAUCACGAGGAUCAUCACCACAAACACGGUCACGAGCACAAGCAUGGCCACAAAGAGGAACAUCAUCACGGUCACCACGAGGAUCAUCACCACGGCCACCAUCAGGAUCACAAACAUCAUCAUCACGAGCAUCACAAGCACGGCCAUGAACACAAGGAGGAGCACAAGCACGGCCACGAUCACAAGCAUCAUCACGAUCAUCACGAGGAACAUAAACAUCACGAACACCAUAAACACCACGCAUCCCACGAGCAUAAACACGACCACUCCCACGAGGAAGCUCACAAGCACGUCGACGAACAUGGUCACGAAACCCACCACAAACAUCACGAAAAUCAUCAUCACUCCUCUUACGAAGGACACGGCCACGAACAUUUCAAAGGACUCGGACAUUACUUUGAUGCAUCUCAGAAUCACGAGGAGUACGUGUUUCCGGAAGAAAGCGAAACGAUCGUUGCUAGCACACCGGUCAACGAUAUUCUUAAAAUUAAGAAAGACCCGGAACUGUCGCCAACCGUCGAACAAACGGCACCAGGUCAAGCCUAACGGUAACGGUAUAUAGUAAUAUAAUAUACAAUAAUAUAUGAAAGCUGGAUCGCGGUAUUCGAGUGCAUCGCGUUCUUAAAGAGAGCUACGAUACGAUCAGAAUGGGAAACUCAUCGACGGAUGUGCCCAAUCGGCAAAG